AUGUCUGUUGAAAGCCCAACGCAGAAGCUAGACCAAUUGCCAGCCGAGAUGCUUGAGUUCACGCUUCUCAAGGCGGCAGGCUCCCUGGCUCCACGACUUGGCCGCCUGUCGGUGCCAGGACGCAACAAGAUACUGACCCCUGGCUUCAUCGGCAGCACGUCGCGCGGUAUCAUUCCGCACAUCUCCCAAGAUAAUUUCCAGAAAAAGGUCGGCCUAGAGGGCGUCUAUGUUCCGCUCGAAGAUUUCGUGGAAAAGCACCCUCAAAAAACACCGCCUGUACUGAAGUAUGACGUUCCCGAUCCACUCCGCAACUUCAUCGCUCUCCCUCCAGAGACACUCCUCGUCCUGGGUGCGCGUCGCAAUCCGCCCAUACCGAGCCCCCACGCAAACUCAAACACGGAAGUAGGCCUCUUGACUUCUGUCGGCUUCACCACUGUCUCGUCGGAAUUUUAUGCCGCCGCUACGAACAAGCUACGACCGGAUGUUGUUGUCGGGCUGGCCGAUAUUCCCUUUGGCCAGGAGUCCGUGAGCCUCAAGCGCAAAGACAGGAUGAGCGACAGGACCGAGACGUGGCUGCGCGAUUUGGUCAUUAAGCAAGGCACAGUAGAUAAUCAAGGCAAAGGUUGCGCUAUCUUUGCGCCCAUACUGCCUAUUGAGCGCGACCUCCAGUCAUGGUAUCUCGAACAUCUACUCGACGACAUGGUGGACAAAAUCAGCGGUGUUGCUAUAUACGACGCCUAUCUACUCGAUGACCUCCCAGACCAAUUGCACCACCUUCCCAGAUUGUCUUUCCAUGCCCCAGCCACCCCCCACGAGCUUCUCCGUCACAUCAGCCUGGGCAUGGAUAUAUUUACCGUCCCUUUUGUAAACGAUGCUACAGAUGCUGGCAUCGUGCUCGAUUUCACCUUCCCAGCGCCCAGGAACGAGUCAAGUGACACUACCCGCCGCUCUUUAGGAAUUGAUAUGUGGGGUGGCCAUCAUGCGCAAUCCAUCACCCCGCUUUCAGACGGCUGCACUUGCUAUGCCUGUAUGAAGCAUCAUCGCGCCUUUCUUCAACACCUCCUUGCUGCCAAAGAAAUGCUAGGUUGGGUGUUGAUUCAGAUGCACAAUCACGCCAUCCUCUCAGCUUUCUUUGCUGGAGUACGAGCCUCAAUCGAAGCUGGAACCUUUGAUGCUGACGUGGCUGCGUUUGAAGCCUACUACGAACCCGUCCUUCCCGAAAAGACUGGCCAAGGUCCGCGUGUGAGGGGCUACCAAUUCAAGAGCGAGUCACAUGCCAAGAAAGAAAAGAAGAAUCCGAAAGCAUUCAAGAAGUUCAGUGAAAGUGAAAUCUUGAAGCUCAAGGCUGCACAUGGUCAGCAGCCAAACUCGAACCCCGAAACAAGAGACUAUAUUGACGAUGAGGCUCUGGUGGGGUUAGUAGGCAUGGAACACACUGCCGUUGAUCCGGAUCCUCUCAAGCAAAUAGAUGGUUUGGUCAUAGAAGACGAUAGACCAAAUUGA